AUGCGGCCGGUGCGCUUUUUCGCCAAUACGCUCACCGAUAUUAUGGGCGCAAGGCAGUAUGCCUGCUGCUUACAGGUAUACGAGCCUUGUGGCGGUGAUAUCGAGGAGCUGGAUGAUGCGAGAUCCGACGAAACACCGAGCCUAUUCAAGCCCAAAGUCAUUGUUAUACUAUCGCGCUUUCCCUUCUUCGAUUUAUUUAGGAAUUGUUUAAAUCGAAUUUUAUUAGCGUUGCUGGAAGCGGAGGAUAAAGCCGAGUCGAUGGUGGCCACGCUGCUUUCACAAGUUUUCCUUACUCCGGGCAUGCCAGCGGCAUCGUUUUGCUUGGGAACUGAUCGGCUCUCCGUACGGGCUCCCAAAUCGUCAACAAUACCUGUUACAUCCGACAAAGUUGCACGCUUUUUGCAGCAGCUCGGAACAAUCCAUAAUAUCCUGACGUUGUUAUGUGCCGUAAUGACCGAUCAUAAGAUAUUGUUCCGGUCCAGUUCGCUUUCCUUGCUUGCCGACAGCUGCUAUGCACUACGCUCGCUUCUCUAUCCGUUCGAUUAUCCGCAUACCUAUGUUCCCGUACUUCCGGAAUUGCUCAUCGAAUAUCUCGAAAGUCCCACUCCUUAUAUUAUGGGUGUGCUCAACAGUGUUCGCAUACGGUAUACGGAUUUGGACGCGGUUGUUGUGGAUCUCGAUAUUGGUGCUGUCUACAUGCCACCUUCAAUUGCACUACCGGCUAUUCCGCCACCGUUUUAUCAGCAGCUCACAUCUUCCCUGCAAAUGGUCCAUGCUUUCCAAGUGAUGUUUCCUGGCCUUGGUACUGCAGAUGAUGCCUGGAAGGUUGGCCAGCCUCCUUUUCCUGCCUACGAAGUACAGGACAAGCGGAUUCGUGCCUGUUUCGUUCGUUUCUUUGCCGAUUUAUUGAUCGGUUAUCGUUGCUGCUUAGAGGUCAUUCGGCUGUACACGCCACCAUUAAUUGUCUUUCACAAAUCUGCAUUUCUGGGUCUACGAAAAUUUUCGUCAUGCCCACUUAUACGUGCAUUUCUUGAUAGCCUGCUUUUCCAGUCUUUCAUAUCGGAGCGUGGGCUACCAUUUCGAGUCUGUGAUCUGUUCGAUGAGCUUGUGGCGCUGAUUAGUGAGCAACCAAGCUGUCCGUCACGUGCAAGUUGCAUGGAAAAUAUUCUUGAGAUUGCUGAAAAAUUGUUUGAGAAUGAAAGACAAGAAACCCCAUUCUCUGUAACUCCUUUCGUAACGCAGCAGCGAUUCACCGUCUCUUCUUCGUCAACGAAAUUGCGCCCAUUCAACGAGGCCGUUGUAUCGCAAGAAAUUGAUCGUAUUUUGAAAACAGUGUCGAAUAAAGUGGCGCCUGUGUUAUGUGCACGUCGUGUUCAAACAACGCCCUGGAUUAUUUCGAACGAGGAAAGACUGGGAGCUGUUUCGAGACGUCUGCAAGUACUGGGCAACUGCCUGCAUUACAUCUUUGACUUCAAAUUAUCGGAUGCAAGAAAGAUAAUGUGUGCCGUUGAAUUGUCAAUGCGUAGCGUGAAUGCACGUGUUGCGUUUUGUCAGCUGCUGUGGAAAAAUCUUUUCCCCGUCAGUCGAGCCACGUUACUGCCGCAACAAUUUGAACUGAUCGUACGCCUGAUGAACUGCGCCUUGAAUCAAGAAUCACGAGAAGACGAGCACGGAAUUGCUUAUGCGAUGCUGUAUCUUUCGAAUAUUUACUGCAGGGUAAUUGCUUCUUUACUGGUAAAAAUCAUGAAAUUUUUAGUGUUGAGCUGUGGUGCUCAACGCAUUGAAGUAAGCUUGCUACGAGACUUGCAGGAUGUGGAAUUGCACUGUAUUUUUCAGCGAUUGACGGCCGGUGUGCAUCAGUUCGCGUACACUUGCAUCCAAGAACAUGCGGUAUGGAACAAUCAGCAGUUCUGGGAGGCUGCUUUCUUUCAUGACGUCCAUCGACAGAUCAGAAGGCUCUAUUUGCCAUCGCGGGAAGAGUUCGAUUGCCCAUUUCCACUGAAAGAAAAUGUCACAGACACUUGGAAUCUAAUGGAAAAGCCGUCGGGAAUGGAUCUGGUAAGCGAUCAGUUGGCAGCUGUAGCGCAUCUCAACGAUGAAGAAGUGAAGAGACGAGCAGCGGAGGAAAAUUCGAUUGUUUAUGGACAGGCCAAGCAUUACAUCAACCUGAUGGUGUAUAUGAGAAUACCACUGGAUGUCUCGAAGUUGCGACAUGUCAAUGUGCGUGAACUGGAGAAACGCAGUGAUCGAAGUAGUCGAAGACGAGAAUUUGAUGAAGAGACGGAAGUGUCGGUGAGUGAAAGCGAAGUGGAAAGCGGUUUUGUGGAACCAGAUUCCACCGAUUUGGGAAAUUCCACUGUUCGAUGGAUUAGCAGGUGUGUCCCUUACAUAUCCUAUGAUUCGUUUUUUUUUUUCACCGGUGUCGAGGAAAAGCGCCUCGAAUGA